AAGGCGGUCGCCGGGCCGCUCAGUCUGCGUCCGGCGAGCCGCGGGGACCAUGGAGCCCGUGUCGUUGCAGGACUUCGUUUGCGCGCUGGACCCCGCCUCCCUCCCGCGUGUGCUGAAGGUGUGCUCGGGGGUCUACUUCCAGGGCUCCAUCUACGAGAUCUCUGGGAAUGAGUGCUGCCUCUCCACAGGGGACCUGAUCAAGGUCACCCAGGUUCACCUCCAGAAGGUGGUCUGCAAGAACCCAGGGACAGGCCAGACCAUGGAGCUGAACCCCAACUUCCAGGGCCUCUUCAGUCCCCUCACCGGCCCCCAGAGCUACGGAACCCUGGAGGAGCUGAUCUCUGCUACAAUCCAGAGCUCCAAGCAGCUGCCUAUUUGGUUCAUGUCAACCCACAGAAUUGACACAAAGGCCAGGGUGGUGCCGCAGGAGCAGCCCCUCAUGCUUGAGGCUGUGGAGAUGUACCUCGGGACCUGCAGCGCCCGCUGUGUGCUGGGCAUGGAUACCCAAACGGUCAUUCUGCGCCUGCCCCUGUCCCAGAAGGGGACCUUCUGGGUAUUGGAGACUGGUGCCCCUCGGACCCUCCUGCAGGCCCUGCAGGACCCGGCUCUGAAGGGCCUCCUCCUCACUUGCCCCACCCUCCCCUGGCGCUCCCUGAUCCUGAAGCCCCAGUAUGAGGUCGAGGCCAUCAUGCACAUGCGCAGGACCGUAGUCAAGAUCCCUUCUACUCUGGAAGUAGACGUGGAGGAUGUCACCGCCUCCUCCCAGCACGUGGACUUCAUCCAGCCGCUGCUGCUGAGUGAGGUCCUGGCCCGGGGAGGCCCCUUCCCCCUGACCACGGAGAUCCUAGAAGUUCCAGUGGGGCCCCCCCUCUUCCUCAGCCCGUGGAUGGGCUCCUUGCAGAAAGGCCAGAGGCUCUGCAUCUACGGCCUGGCCUCACCACCCUGGCGGGUAAUGGCUUCAACCAAGGGCCGGAAGGUGCCCAGAUACUUCAUGGUCUCUGGGGCCUACGAGGGCAAAUUGCGGCGAAGGCCAAGAGAGUUCCCCACGGCCUAUGACCUCCUGGGUGCUCUCCAGCCAGGCCAGCCACUCCGGGUGGUGACCACAAGGGAUUAUGAGGUCGACGAGAUGGAGAUCCCCGGGUUCAUUUCCCUGGCUGUGGGAGACAGGCUGGAGGUGUUGGGGCCUGGCCAGGCCCACGGGGCUCACAGUGACAUAGACAUCUUGAUGUGUCAUCGGCUGAGUGACCUGCCUGGGGAGGAAGAGGAAGAGUGUGAAGAGGAGGCAGAGAACCAGGAACCGAUUAUGCUGCCCCUCUACUACGCUGGCAGCUUCGUGGAAGAGAUGAAUGAUGGCCGGCGCUACCGCCUGGCGGAUCUGACUGUCCAGUUCGCACUGCCCUGUGAGGUUAAGGUGGUGGCCAAGGACAGCAGCCACCCUGCUGACCCUCUGCCCUCCUUCUCGGGCCUGCGCCUAGAGGAGAGGAUCGUGGAACCCUUCUUGGUGGUCAGCCUGGAUUCUGAGCCUGGGAUGUGCUUUGAGAUCCCUCCCCGGUGGCUUGACCUGAUGGUUGUGGAGGCCAAGGCACAGCCAGGCCAGCCAGGUGGGCCUUUCCCCAUAGCCACAGUGGAGGAGCUGUCAGAUGUCUUUUAUUAUCACCUUCGGAAGUUACCGGUCGAGAACCAAACCCCCCCACCCAGGCCCCCGAAACGUCAGGCCUUCAGUGAACCCAAGAAACAGAGCUGCAAGGAGAGAAGCAUCCAGUCUUCUCAGGUCUCAGAGCUGCAGCAACCUCCUAUGUUGCCCAGAGUCAAGAUGAACACCUUGCCAAAGGACACCAAGGACAAACCGGACGUAUACAGCAAGAUUCCCUCCAAGGGCCUCAAGCCCACUAAGUCCCACCCACAGGAGCCAGGUGAGAAAUGGGCCCUGAAGAGGGAAAGGAACCUGCCUGGGACCGAAGCUCCUCACACAGACGAUGAUGAGCAUGACUAUGAAGAAGUGGUUGAGCACUUCCGGAAAACCCUCUAAGUGCCAGAGGAGCCGUGCUUCCUAACUGCUGUUCUCAGGGGAUCCAAGGUACUAGCCACCUGCUACCAGCAUCUGGAAGACCUUGGACAAGGUCUCCUAGAAAUCAGACGGCGGACAGGCAAUGGCUUUGUGGGACUGACGUGAUGGAAUGGGACGGACACUGUGCCAGCGACCCUCAGGUUCUAGCUUCCUGCCUGAGGGCUGGCUUCUUUGGGCCCAACUUAUACUUGAUGUCCUCAGACUCAGCUUUGGUAUCCACAAGAGCCAACCAGAUUCUACUGAAUCCUACAUCUCCAACACCAGUUGCCCCACUGGGUGGUAAGAAAGGAGUGGAAGAAGCCACAAACCUUGGUGAUGGCAGCAGUGCCUCCUGCCUUUCGGUAAAGAGGGACUCAAUACUGAUCACACUGAACUCAGAGCCUUUACUUCCUCGUCCCCCUUCCCGCUCCACUCUUCCUCCCCCCUCACCCCCCCUCCCCGCCAAGGCUCUAAGCUUCUGAGAGACCAGAACCGUCUUCAUUGUCUCUGUAGCGCCUAGCACGUGACAGUUGUAGACUACCCAAGAUCCUUUCACUCAAAAACCAUAAAAUAAAAACGACACCUGAGCUUCUGGAAAAAUGACAAGAUAUCGCUUAAUUCUGUGUGCCAGACCCUUUACAAAACUAUUUAAAUCCUCAACUUUCUGAGGUAGACAACAGCCUGAUUUUAAAGAUCAGGAAACGAGCUUGAGUGGUCAAGUGUUUCAGGAGGCAAACUAGUCAUGAACCUGGAUGAGGGUCCCCGCUCACCAACUAUCAGCUAUGACUGAGCAAGUUAUUUUAACCUAAGAUUCAGUUUCUUCACAUGUAAAAUGAAACUAAGUUACCUACCUCACAAGACUGUUUUAAGAAUCAAAUGAGAUAAUCUGUGUAAAGCAUUUAACGCAGUGCCUGGCACGUAAUAAACACUCGAUAAACAUGUACCAUUAUUAUUGACCAAGAUCAAACCUAUACUCUUUCCACACGCCCACACUGUCUCCUAGUCAUGGAAUUCGUCCGUUUUAACUCAGCUUCUCAGGGCAUCCUAGGCCUGUUCAGUGAGGUAAGACCACAGACCUCAUUUCCAGAAGUGGUGGGACUGUGGUUUCGUGGGCUGGUGCAGUUUUGGAACUAAGCACCCUGGUCAACAGGAGGUAGAUAAAAAAGGUGAUCUGAGUCUCCAGAGGUUAGAGCCGAAAGAGGAUCAAAUUUCCAACUGCUGUCUUCUAGGCACUACACCCGAGCUUGUCAUCCUUUCGCCUGCUAACAUCCCUCUGGGCUGUCAGGACCCAGGGCACUUCCCAGGGCUCCUGGCCGCUGUCCCCCUGCAUGGAGUUCCCCGGGUGACUGCUGAGUGGCGACCACAGGCUGUGCGGCCAGUUCUCUGUAUUAGCACCCCAUCCGGUUUCCCACGCCCUCCUCCAGAAAGACAAUGCAAACUGUACAGGAGGCCCCUGGGGACGACAAUAUGCAAGAAAGAGAAACAAAAGUCCCUCUUUGGCACAGAACCCCUAGGGGCCAGGCAUACAUGCAAAAUGCCAACAGCUUUCACUUUGCACUUAACCUUGGCAACAAAUUGAGCAAGAUCACAAAAGGCAGGGAGAGGGCUGCCAGUUCCUACAAAAGGGGUUAAAUACCGCAAUGAGAAAGCAAGAAACUUCACAACAGGGAAAGCUGGGCUUGAAAGGAAAAUGUUUGAAAGUCACAACUGUGCAUAUCUGAUCAGGGUAAUGAGGGUUGGCAGAGAAUGGCCCAAAGGCAGACACCACCCUCAGGGGACUUUUGUCUUUACCUCUGGAAGCCACUGGGGGUGGGGAGGGUGUUCUAAUGGGGCCAGGGAUUCCCUGAGCAGUGAGCACACAUGCCUGGGGGCACACAAGACGAUAGCCUGGGAUACAUAAGUUAUUAGUACAUCCUUUCACAUUUAUUUAUUUAUUCAUUAUUAUUUUAAGGAGGGCGCAGCUCAGUGGCCCAUAUGGGGAUCGAA